AUGGCGCCCUCGCCCAAGGAACUCGAGGAAGCUCUCAUCGCCGGCACGCACCGCGUCUUCACUGCCGACCCGGACACCACCACCGUCAACAAGGUCCGCCACCAUGUCGAGGAGAAGCUCGGCCUUGGCGAGGGCUUCUUUGCCAGCGACGACUGGAAGCAGCGGAGCAAGGCGCUUAUAAAGGAAUACGUGACCAAGCUGCUGGACGGGUGGGUGCCAGAGACGAAGAAAGAGACAGAAUCGCCCAAACCCAAGAAUGGCAUCAAGCGGCAGUCUCAGGCGCCCCAGGAGACCGAGAGCAAGCGCCAGAGGCGCGCUUCACAACCGAGCAAGCCUACCAAGAAAGACGGCCACGCACGCGACGAGGAAGACGAGCCACAGUCACCGCCAAAGCCUGCGCCGCGGCGCAAAUCUAAAGCCGCCGCAUCGGACGAGGAAGACGACUUCCCGAACAGCUCGCCUGCCCAGAAGAAGAAAGAGCCCAAAGCCAAAGACCGACCUCGUGCCGAGACGAAAGCCCCGACGCGCGAUGACAGCGCCAAAGCAUCUGCGGCUACUACGCCAAAGGCUACUACGGCAAAGGACGAGUCAGACGACGGCGCCGAGUCAUCUAUUAACGUCGAGGAGGCUAAGCCCUCCGUAGACGAGGAAGAGGAAUACUCGGACGUCAUCGACGAGCCACCACCCCCCAAGCGCAAGAAAAAGGACCAGAAAGAAGCUCCGGCUCGGGCUUCGAAAUCGGCGACGAAAAAGUCUGCCGUCAAGGCGCCCUCGCCAGACGACCCCGAGGAUGCAGAGAUCAAGAAGCUCCAAGGGCAGCUCGUCAAGUGUGGGAUACGCAAGCUCUGGCACAACGAGCUCAAAAAGUACGGCGACGACUCGCGCGCCAAGAUCCGGCACCUGAAGAAGAUGCUCGCCGACGUGGGCAUGGACGGCCGCUUCUCCGAAGCCAAGGCGCGGGAGAUUAGAGAGACGCGGGAGCUCAUGGCCGAGGCCGAGGCGGCUCAGGAGAUGAACCGGCUAUGGGGCAUGGGCGGCGGCGGCAGGGCCAGCCGGAGCAAGAGCAAGUCGACCAAGCUGGAGGAAGAGAGUGAGGGCAGCGGCGCGGAGGACAAGAACGGCGAGGAUGAUGACGACGACGAGCAGGACACGUUCGCCGCUAGGAGACGGCGGGCGCAAGCGGACCUGGCGUUUCUGGGCGACGACAGCGACUCCGACUGA